CCGCUUUGGCAGCAACAAAAACGAUAAGUGUUUGAUAAUUGUGAUUCUCGCUCUCUCUUCUCUCUAUCUUCUUGUGCUUUGGACUUAAAAUCUUUACACACCUACAUAUAUCUCUACAUAAACACUCUUAAAUCUUCAUGCUAUGGAGGAAGCCCACAAAAUGAACAAGGAGCCUCUGUUGGAGCCCGCCAAUCCCAAGGGUGGUUUCAGAACUCUCCCAUUCAUUAUAGCAAAUGAGGCGUUUGAAAGAGUGGCGAGUUUCGGGUUAUUACCGAACAUGAUAAAGUAUUUGAUGAAUGAGUAUCAUAUGAGUAUGGUUGCGGGGACUAAUCUCAUUAGUAUCUGGUCGGCUGCCACGAAUUUCUUGCCGGUUGUUGGGGCUUUUAUUGCUGAUUCUUUUGCCGGCCGCUACCCGGUCAUCGGAGUUGGAUCACUCAUAAGUCUCGUGGGAAUGGCACUGUUUUGGUCAACAUCGAUGAUUCCUCAGGCAAGGCCUCCACCAUGCAUUGAUUCUAGUAUCAGCUGCAGCUCCCCUACAGCUGUGCAAGUUUAUGUAUUAUGUUUGUCUUUAGGACUCAUGUCAAUUGGUGCUGGGGGCAUCAGAUCAUCUUCCUUGGCAUUUGGUGUCGAUCAACUAUCUGGGCAAGACAACCAUAAAAGUGAGUCUGCCCUAAAGAAAUACUAUGCAUGGUACUAUGCAAGUAUAGUGCUUGGUGUUAUUAUAGCUUUAUCUUGCGUUACAUAUAUUCAAGAUCACUUGGGGUGGAAAAUUGGUUUCGCAGUUCCUGUUGUACUCAUGUUUGUAUCAGCACUUUCAUUCUUUUUGGCAACUCCCUUUUACAUCAAGUUACAGAACAAAACAAGCCUGCUUACUGAUUUCCUUCAAGUGAUCGUUGCAUCCUUUCGGAACAGACAUCUAACAGUAUCACCGGACAGCACAACGACGGAGUAUCACAACAAGAAGGGGUCUGAAAUGGUUGUGCCAAGUAAUAAACUGAGGUUUCUGAAUAAAGCUUGCAUUAUCAGUGAUCCUCAGCAAUAUAUGAGUGAUGAUGAAAGAAUUGCAGACUCGUGGAGUCUUUGCACAGUUCAUCAAGUAGAGGAGUUAAAAGCAGUGCUGAAGGUGAUCCCAUUGUGGUCAACAGGAGUGAUGAUGUCUGUGACCAUAAGUCAACCUUCUUUUCCUGUACUUCAAGCCGGAUCCAUGGAUAGACAUGUUACAUCAGGGUUUGAAAUUCCAGCAGGUUCUUUUAGUGUGUUUGCAGUUAUUUCUGUUGUACUAUGGGUUGCUCUAUACGAGAGCUUCAUACUCCCCUUAGCAUCAGUAAUAAUGAAAAAACCUGUCCGUCUGACCACAAAACAAAGAAUGGGUGCCGGAAUCUUCGUGUCUUUCCUGUCUGUAGCAGUGACAGCAGUCAUAGAAAAUAUUCGGAGACGUAUUGCAAUUAAGCAAGGACUAAUUGAUGACCCAACGGCCAUAGUAAAUAUGUCAGCAAUGUGGCUGAUAAUUCCAAACUGCCUCAUUGGCAUUGCAGAGGUUUUUAAUGCAAUAGGUCAAAUUGAGUUCUACUUGUCCGAGUUUCCAAGAAGCAUGUCCAGCAUAGCGUCAACUCUGCAAGGUCUCGGGACUUGUGCUGGUAACUUGUUGGCAACCGCGAUAUUUAAUUUUGUUGAUCGUGUUUCUUCAGGUGAAGGGAAGCAGAGUUGGGUUUCAAGCAAUAUCAAUAGAGGUCACUACGAUUACUACUAUGGUGUGCUUGCCGGUUUGUCUCUACUUAAUCUUCUUUAUUUUCUGUUGUGUAGUUGGGCUUAUGGUCCUUAUGAAGUCGACAGAAUUGAGGUUCUGGAUGAAGGGGUGGGCUAGUUGUUUGUCAUAUGUCAAGUAUAUAUCCAAAUUAUAGCUAUACACAUUUCGUCUCUCGCGGCACUUAUGUUAAAAAGUUUACCUCUAUAUAUCAAUGAACAGAAAGGUAGCACGACGGCACACUAAUAUUUGUGCAUAGAAACCUCUGUAGCUUUAUCGUACAUGCAGAUGUCGUAAUGUCGCGCUUGCGCCUAUAAAACCUUAAGAGAAGAUUUGUUCAAAAAAUGUGUAACAUGCUUCUACCUUGCAGUAUCAUACAUAUACUUGUUAUC